AUGCAAUUUAAUCAAUUUCGAAAUCAUCGAUUUCUCAACAUAAGCGCACUUCUUGCGUCCGGGGAGUUUAUUAUUGACGAUAAUGGUUACUUGGUUGCUAUUGGCAAUGGAACCCGUUAUCGCCUACCCUCGGGACCACCGGAAGGUCGUGCCAGUGAAUCCUACGAGCUUCAACCCAUCCUCCCAGGAAAGAAUCAACAACUUGCAGAUUCAGCUGUAGAUUGGCUGGACCUUACCACACCCGCUACUGCAAUCGCCACUACCCACAAUAAUAAUCCGCUGUAUACAUCCUCGCCGGCAAGUAAUUUCACAAUUUCUGACAGUCAAGGUUCACCUGAAAUGCUCAGUUUAUAUCUAGGAUUAGCAGCGUGUUCUGUUGCAAUACUUGUCAACUUCGCCUUAAUCGUUGUCAGUUGCUGGCGGCUAUUUCGUAGAAAAAGAAGAAGGAAGCCAGACAAUUCUAUAAAAAUGGAGACAUUUAGUGAACUUGUUCAUGCAAGUGUCGAACUUCCAGUAGCUGAAAAGAAUACAAUUCAGUCACCACCAAUAGCGUCAAACACUUCUAGUAGUCAUUCCAGUUCAGUCUCUCUCAGUUCCGAUGAUUCCACAUUGCACAAUAGUCGUUCUCGCUCAAAAAAACUGCCGUUAGAUAGAAAUCAUCAAAAACCCAAAACAGAACCAAUCAGGAGUUAUAUUAAUAACCCACGAACUUGUCUUGGCGUGGGAAUACACAUUGGAAUAUUAGGCAUUCUACUUGCAAUCAUCCACUUGGUUGUCUCAUACUUUCACUUUACUCAAAUGCAAUUUAGCUCUGUUCUGUGUCUCUUAAUGACCUCGAUAACAACAGAUACUCUUUAUUGCGUUCUGUUUGAUCUUAUAACCUGCUUUCUGUGCUUGAUCCUUAUCGGAUAUUUAUCACAUCCAUCAAGCAUCCGAUCAAAGCAGCAUAGAUUUGCAUGUUUAGCCUUAUCCCAUUCACUUCCAUGGGCUUUAGCUGCAGGAUUUGCCUUGUUCAUUACUCUCAAACCCACAAAUACAUCUGUCCAGGGCAGCAUAUUCUUCACCGGAUAUAUUUCCGUCUGCCUGAAAGUCCACCAACAAAGCCUGCAUAUUCAAGAGCUCAUAUUACUGGUUGUGAUUCCAUUAAUCGGCGACUUUGUUGUGGUGAUUUUCUUCUUCUGCUACUGUAAACGUCUUCCUGCGAGAGUUUGUCUUCUUUCCACUCUCAUGCCUAUUAUAAAUCUCACCUCCUUUACGCCUACACUUCUGAAGAACCUGCCGAACUUUGUUCUCCUUCCGCUCAUUCUUAAUCCAAUUGUGAUUUGCAUUCUCUAUCGGUUCACAAUGCCUAGGGGGGACAUGAGAGCUCCCGAAGGUGAGGUCAUGGUGAUUAACAAGGAACGAUCCCCACUUCACCAGACUUUUCCCAAUGUGUCCCCAUCAAUUUCUUCGGAUGUCUACUUUCCUCAGGCCAUACUGGCCAUUACACCACAUAGGUGCAACCAUGCGAAUGGUAUCCCAUCCAUAAUGCCUCCGAAAGUAUGUUCGCAUUUUCAGCAGAUUGUAGCACAUUCACAGAACUGCACCCUCGAAAGAAGAUCGUGUAAUGAGAUCAUUCAACCAGCCGGUAAGAUUUCUGCUUUAAAAUUUGCGCCAAUUAAGAAGAUGCAGUUAAAUAUUUAUUGGUUAAAAUGA